GCGAGCGACGUCGGAACAUCGCCGCCUCCCUCGUCUCCUGCGACGGACGCGACCAUCGCCAGGCAGCCCGGUCGCUAGGGCAACGCGGUCGCCAUGGACACGGAGUCGCAGUUCUCGGGAUACUCCUACAGCUCCGGUGACCGGAACCGGCACAAGCACCGUGGCCGCGAGGGCAGCGGCCGAGGGGACAAGUCUGUGACGAUUCACAUGCCUAGCGGGGGCCAGGCCGCCGAGGCGCUAAUCGACAAGGACGGCAGCAGCCGUCCCGCCGAGGAUGUUAUUCAGGUCGAGAUUUUACCUCAGGAUGACAACUGGGGCGAGACAACCACGGUGGUGACGGGCACGUCGGAGCAGAGCACGUCGCGCGAGGACUUCGCGGCCCUCUUCCGCGAGCCCCCGGCGCCCGAGGGCCGCGGCGGCCGCGCCGGCCGCCACGCCGGCCGCGCCGCCUCGGCCGUCCUGGGGGCCCUGGCCCUGCUGUCGCCCGUCGCCUUCCUCGCCAUCCCGCACGCGCUGUGGCGCGACGAGCUGCAGCCGUGCGGCACCGCCUGCGAGGGCCUCUUCCUGUCGCUCGCCUUCAAGCUGCUGGCGCUCGCCGUGGGCACGUGGGCGCUGUUCGCCCGCGGGCCCCGGCACGCGCUGCCCCGCGUGCGGGCGCUGCGCGCCCUCGUGCUCGCGCUCGGCUUCCUGCUGCUGCUCGCCUUCUGGCUCUUCUUCGGCGCCCGCAUCCUGGCGAGCCGCGACCCCGACUACCGGGGCAUCGCGCAGUACGCGCUCUCGCUCGCCGACUCGCUCCUCUUCCUGCACUACCUGGCGCUUGUGCUGCUCGAGCUGCGCCAGCUGCGGCCCGCGUUCGCCGUCAAGGUGGUGCGAGCGACCGACGGGGAGAGCCGAGUCUACAGCCUCGGGCAGCUCAGCAUACAGAGCGCGAGCGUGUGCGUGCUGGAGAGCUACUACCGCGACUUCUCCGUCUACAACCCCGCGCUGCUCAAGGUGCCCAAGUCGCGCGCCCUCAAGCACCUCACAGGCUUCAAGGUGUACGACGUGGACGGCAACCCGAGCAACAACGUGGCGGGGCAGUCCCGGGCGAUGAUCGCGGCGGCCGCGAGGAGGCGCGACUCGGGCCACAACGAGCUCUACUACGAGGAGAUGGAGAACGAGCGACGCAUGCGCAAGCGGCGCGCGCGGCUGGUGGUGGCGGCGGAGGAGGCGUUCACGCACGUGCGGCGCCUGCAGGAGGAGGAGCAGCGUGCGGGCACGGGCCUCACCAUGGACCCGCAGGAGGCGGCGCAGGCCAUCUUCCCCUCGAUGGCGCGCGCCCUGCAAAAGUAUCUCCGCGCCACCAAGCAGCAGCCCUUCCACAGCAUGGAGGGCAUCCUCAAGCACCUGGCCCACUGCAUCGCGCACGACAUGACGGCACGGGCCUUCCUGGAGAAGUACCUGAGCCCGGGCCCCACGGUGCAGUACGAGCCGGACAAGUGGCUGAGCUCGCAGUGGCGCCUGCUGAGCGCCGAGCCGGUGACGUCUGCGCUGCGCGACGGCACCGCCUUCUCGCUGGCGCGCGCCGACCUCUGCCUCGUGGUGACGGUGUCGCGAGCGCCGCGCUUCACCCUCUCCGAGACCUUCCUCGACCCCAAGUCGCACAAGUUCGUGCUGCGCCUGCAGUCGGAGACCUCCGUGUGAGGCCGGCGUGGCUGGCGCACGGCAGGUGUGGCCGACGACGGGUGGGGGAGGUCACAUGACGGCGGGGGGGCGGGGGGGGGGGGAGAGUGUCUCAUGGGUAAGGCCCGCGGUGUGUGGGACUUGACAAGUUUAUCGGUUGCCACCUUUGUCAGGGUUUGACCUGAGGGUUUGUUUGUAUUUUUCUACUUGCCUGCUUACCUGCCCCCUCCCCCCACCACUGGGGAGAGUCCGGGAGUUUGGCAUUGGUGUUCCUUCCUCGACCCCAAGUUGCACAAGUUUCUGCUGCGCCCGCAGUCGGGAGACUUCCGCGUGAAGCCGGCGCCGCCGCCGCUGCUGUUGCUGCUGUGGUGAUGGCGGUGGCGGUGUUCAAGGGCGGGGGAGGUCACACGGCAGAGGAAGUCGCACGGCGGUGGUGCAGUCGGGGCGGGUGGAGGAGUGUAUUGUGGGUAACGCCGCCGUGUGUUGGGGGACUUGACGAGUGUAUGGGGCUGCCACCUUUGUCUGGGUUUGACCCAUGGGGGUAUUUUUUUUUACUCACCUACCCUCGGGAGAGUCCAGGCGUUGGGCAUCGAUGUUCGUUUGGCAGGAAUUGAUUUGUACCGAGAUCUGGCGGUGGUGGAAUUGUAUCGAACGGUGUCGUCGUAGACUGCACGGUUUCGAUGGUGGACAGAGUGCUUGGUUGAGAAAUACGUCCGGGAGAUUUGUCUUGUUGGGAAGGUUGGCAACCGUUACCCACCCACCCAUUUAGUUCACUCACCCAUUCAACACCCCAUCCACCCACUCCAUUACUCAAACAUUCAGCAACUCACCCACCCACUCAUUAACUCACCCAUUUACCAACCCACCCACCCGACUGGCUCAUUGACUUACAUAUUCACCCACUUAUUCGCCCGCUCACCCACCACUUAACUAGGGUUUGCCACCUUGUCCGUGUCUGACCUCGUAGGUACAGUCUGAGAUAUGCCAUUGAUUUGCGUGGCAGUAAUUGAUUUGUAACCGACAUCUAUCGAGCGAUAUUGCCGUGCUGAACUUCAUUACGGCAAACCUGUGCACGUUUUUUUGACAAUACACCUGGUGCCGAUUAUGAGACGUUAUAUAUACAUCCGGGUUUGGUCUACAGUGUAAAAAAAAAAAA